AUGUCGCCAACAGCCCCACUCCUCGAGGAACCUCAGGCUUCCGGCUCAACUUCGCCACCCAUGGGUGCAAAAGUAACAGCGACAUUUCAGAUCGGAGGAAUGACAUGCGGUGCGUGCGUCGAAACCAUUGAAAGAAUGAUACGUUCGCAGCCGGGCAUCGAGUCCAUCUCUGUCGCUCUGUUGGCCGAGAAAGCAACUAUCACCUUUGACGAUUCCAUAUGGUCGCUCGACAAGGUGGCUGAGGAGAUCGAGGACACCGGCUUCGAUGCGACCUUCCUCGAGGUCCUCCGCACAGAGCGACCAGAUGCCGGUUUCGCUUCCAAGGAGGCUUCCUCCGACCCCGUACCGCGGCUUGAUACGGUACAACUCAGUGUCUACGGUAUGACAUGUGCGUCUUGCUCUUCCACCAUCGAACGCGAAACAGCCAAAAUCGACGGGAUAAGGUCAAUAUCGGUAUCACUGUCAACCGAGAAAGCGGCGAUCGUCUACGACCCUAGUAAACUUGGUAUUCGUGAUCUGAUCGAACACAUCGAAGACCUCGGCUUCGAUGCGGUCGUAAGUGACGAUCGCAACUCAACACAGCUGGCAUCGCUCGGAAGGAUCAAGGAGAUUGCAGAAUGGCGCUCGGCUUUCCUCUUCUCGCUUUCGAUGGGCCUGCCUGUCUUUUUCCUUUCCAUGGUGCUGCCCAAAUUUUCAGUCACACACGCCAUCCUAUGGUGGCAGCCGAUUUCGGGCUUCUAUCUCCAAGACCUCAUAUGCUUGGCACUCACGAUUCCCGUACAAUUUGGCAUCGGCCUGCGCUUCUACCGCACUUCAUGGAAAGCAAUCAAGCAUGGCAGCGCAACCAUGGACGUCCUCAUCGUCAUCGGUACUACCGCUUCGUGGACGUUCAGCGUCUUUUCCAUGAUCGCAAGACUGUUCUGUGUUGAUGAACUUGCAACUGCGACCAAGGAGGCGGCCUCAAUCGUCGCGCGUAGUUCGGGUAUGAUCGACAUGAUGGUACCAGGCCAGUGCACAAAACCGGCCACAUUCUUCGACACGACCACGAUGCUCUUCACCUUCGUCUCGUUCGGCCGAUUUCUGGAAAACACAGCCAAAGGAAAAACAAGCGAGGCUCUCUCACGCCUCAUCGGCCUCACGCCUACCUCGGCUACCAUCUAUACAGAUGGCGCCGAGGGCAAGAUUGAGAAGAAGGUGGCAUCGGAACUUGUCCAACGUGGCGACUACGUCAAAGUGGUGCCAGGAGAGAGGAUUGUCGCCGACGGUGUCAUUGUGCGUGGCGAGUCGACUGUGGACGAGUCUAUGGUCACUGGCGAAGCUGUUCCUAUCCACAAGCUGAGAGGCAGCAGCGUCAUUGGUGGUACGGUCAACGGCACAGGAACCUUUGACUUUUUAGUCCAGCGCGCCGGAAAAGAUACGAGUCUGGCUCAGAUCGUCAAGCUCGUUGACGAGGCGCAGACAUCCAAAGCACCCAUCCAAGCAUUUGCGGAUCGAGUCGCAGGCUACUUUGUACCGACAGUGGUGGGCCUUGGAGCACUCACGUUUGUUGCAUGGAUGGUGAUUGCACAUCUGCUUUCGGGCCACAUGCUCCCAUCCAUCUUCAACCAGCAAGGCGUGACCAAGUUCAUGGUCUGUCUCAAGCUCUGCAUCAGCGUCAUCGUUGUUGCAUGUCCGUGCGCGUUGGGUCUCUCGACACCGACAGCAGUCAUGGUCGGUACUGGCGUGGGGGCGCAGAACGGCAUUCUUAUCAAAGGCGGAGGACCGCUCGAAGCUUCAACCACCAUCCGUCGCAUGCUCUUUGACAAGACAGGCACGCUUACGGUUGGAAAGCUCACCUUAAGCCAGGUGAUAUGGCCCAAUGGAGAGGAAGGUGGUCUCGACAACAUCGCCGUUGGCGGUCUUUCGCGUCGUCAAGUGAUUCGCAUCAUCGGUGCUGCUGAAACGCGUUCCGAGCAUCCGCUUGCACGCGCCAUCGCCUCGUGGGCGGCAAGUCAACUCGAGACCGGCAUCACAGCUGUCGACGAGCAAGCAGACAUCGUGAUGUCAGGUACCAGCAUCGAAGCGUUCCAAAGUUUCACGGGUAAAGGCGUUGUCUGUCGGGUACAGCUGGAGGAGACCAUGACGUUGCACGAGGUGCGAAUCGGAACUCCCGAAUUCAUCUUGUCGGAUGAAAAGCACGCUCUCGACCACACCGAAUUCGGGAGCCAAGCAACCGAGGUGCUUUCCCAGCAACAGUCACAGGGGCGAACAGCGGUGCUAGCAAGCGUCGAUGGCACCCUUGCGGCCGUUCUUAGCUUAAGUGACAGGUUGAAACCAGAGGCCAAGCAGACGCUUGGCGCACUUCGGCGCAUGGGCAUCCAGUGCAGCAUGGUGACCGGCGAUGCAUAUGCUACAGCACGUGCUCUGGCCCGCGAGCUAGGUAUGGACGAGCAGAAUGACGUCUAUGCCGAGAUGAGCCCGAUCGACAAGCAGGAGAUCAUCUUGCAGCUUCGAAGAGAAUCGAGAGUUGCGGAUCUUGAAAGUGGUGAAACGUUCUCGCCCUUCCGAGCCAACGGUCGAUCCAAAUCUGGCGGGAUCGCUAUGGUCGGUGACGGUAUCAAUGAUUCUCCUGCGCUGGCAUCUGCUGAUCUCGGGAUUGCACUAGGCACGGGAUCAGACGUGGCGAUCGAAGCAGCCUCGAUCGUACUCAUGCGAUCCAGCUUGCUCGACGUAGCCGCAUCGAUCCACCUAUCGCGCCGCAUCUUCCGACAAAUCAAGCUCAACUUUAUCUGGGCUACCGUCUACAACAUGAUCGGAAUUCCUCUUGCGAUGGGCAUCUUCCUGCCCUGGGGGUUGAGCUUGCAUCCGAUGAUGGCAGGAGCAGCCAUGGCAUUUUCCAGCGUCAGUGUUGUGGCCAGCUCGUUGACGUUGAAAUGGUACAAGCGUCCAGCCGAACUCACUCUGCCUACAGAAGUCGAGACGCCAGAUUCGAUCCAGUUGCAAGAGAUGCUCGCUCGUUCCGAUGCAGGAGCGCUUGAUCGAGUCGUGGCAAAUCUAAAAGAUGUGGGCUAUCAGGUGUUGGGCAAGUUCGAGUCGAUUCUGUCCAAGUCUCGUCUCAGCUUGGGGAGAGGGUCGUCGAGGAGACCCGCUCAGACCGAGGGUUAUCAGCAGGUGGCUUCCGACGAUGUUUAG